AUGCUAGCAGCCAGCGAGCGGCAGCAGAUAAUGGAGAAGGGGAAUGAGAAGGGAAAGGGUGCUGGUAAGGAGAAUGCGAAGGCGAAGGCAAAGGAGAAGAGCGUGAAUUACCUAAUUAGGCAAGAUUCGACGCUGCCUCCGCCGGUUCCGAGGAAGAAGAGGAAGCCUAAGGUGCAGAUUAGGAAGGCGAAAGACUUUCCCAAUGCCCCAACGGGAGAGUUGAUUUGUAGGUUAAAAAAACACCCUCCACCUCCUCCGCGUCUCCCCGACCGUACCAGUGCCGGCGUGCGUGCCGCGGAAGCCGUUGCCUCCGGCUCUGCAACCUGCUCCGAGCUGCCUCAUGCAUCUACUAUUGUGGGAGAUGACGAGGAGAAGGAGAAGGAGGACGACGAGGACGUGGACAUGAAUGAGGACAAGGACAAGGACGAUGAGGAAUAUGAGUAGCAGAAUAUGUUUAUAGUCCUGCCACAACCGAGUGCUGAUAUGUCGGAUGAUGAUACAUCAGAAGGGUAUAAGGAAUCAGCUGAUGAACUAGAAGGUGACACUAUGUCCGAGGAAUCAUUUGUGCAUGUUGUCUCUAGUGAGGAGGAGGCAAGAGAAAGGAAAAAUAAAAAGAACAAGAGGCUAAGAGCCAAUGCUCCUGUUACGAUGUCAUCGGAUGUUUGGGCCC